GCCGCACCGGAUAGGAUCGGACAAAUUGGAGCUGUGUGUUUUUUUUUUUCAUUUAUAUUCCGCCAGUGAUAGUGACACGUUGAGCUUGUGAUGUGAAAAGUGAGAUUUCCCGGGCAAGGAUAAUUACGAUAUGGCUUGAUUUUGUCUGAUAAUAACAAGUGAAAGCUGGUUGAUUGACAGUCGUUGUUCGGCGAAUGAAUUUGGAAACGCAGCCUGUGGGAAAAUCGACUUCAAUCGGUUCCAGAAUCGGUACAAUAUGUUUCCAUUUAGGUGUGAAGAUCGUCCUCAAAGUCGGGCUUUUAUAGCUUUCAUCGUAUACGUAUCGUUGCUGCUGGAUAAUAUGCUUCUAACAGUGAUAGUUCCCAUUCUUCCAGAUUACCUGGUGCAUUUCUAUGCCGAUUCCAAUGCGUCCUUUUCCAUACCGAAAAGCGUGAUCUACAAAAACUUCGAUCUCCAUUACGUUCCAAAGCUGAUCGGAGCAACUACCGGCCCGGUGUCGUUGAGUAAUCUUACAUCCGCCGCUGAUCAUCGCCCAACGAUGGAAUCGGAAAACGGAUCCAUCGGUAUCUUGCUAGCGGUGAAAGCUCUGAUACAGCUCGUUUUUAAUCCGAUUGUAGGGAACCUCUCGUCGAGAUUCGGAUACAGUGUCCCGAUAGCCUUCGGGACCUUUAACCUUCUGGUGGCUUCAAUGAUCUUCGCAUUCGGACAAUCUUAUGCAUCUCUAUUCGUAGCCAGAGCGAUUCAUGGGGUUGGAUCGGCCUGUAUUUGCGUUUGCGGGAUGAGUUUGGUUGCCCAGUUGUACACGGAACCGGAUAAGCGGUCCAAAAUCAUGGGAACAAUUUUGGGAAGCAUUGCAGUAGGGGUCCUAAUCGGAUACCCUUUCGGAGGGAUCGCUUAUGACAUCGUUGGUAAAGCCGCCCCGUUCCAUAUCCUUUCGGUGUUCUGCGUCUUCACUCUCAUAAUUCAGUUCUGUAGCUUGAACUUCGUCAAUCGUCAGCAAACAUCUUCUCUGGUUGUUGAGGACGGACGCUCCCGCUGGUGGCCGCUGCUCACCGACAAACUGAUCCUCAUUAUCGUCGGAGGUAUCUGCAUUUCAACAUCCGCCAUGUCGAUCCUGGAACCCUGUCUGCCAUUGUGGAUGAUGAGUGUGCUGCACCCGAAAAAGUGGCAACUUGGAACUGUUUUCAUUCCGGACUCCAUUGGCUAUUGGAUUGGAACAAACUUUUUCGGCGGAAUCGCUUACAGGGUUGGCCAGAUCAGGACGGCCAUCGUAGCCCUGACGCUGGUUGGUGUGUCCUGCAUUUUGAUUCCGUCGGCCAAUACGGUGGCCGGAUUGUUGCUGCCCCAUUUCGGGCUAGGAUUGGGGAUUGGCGUACUGGAUGCCGCUCUGGUUCCGCUGCUGGCAACCUUGGUCGACAGCCAGUGUGGAAGUGACAAUGAAAGCGAUAUAUGUGAACUGUCGCCUAACUAUGGAGCGGUCUACGCCAUCCAACAGAUAGCCGUCAGCCUGGCCUAUUCCUUGGCACCGAUAGUGGGCAGCGAGCUGGUUCCGGUGAUCGGUUUCCCCUGGUUGAUGCGUACGAUGGGAGCCCUCAAUCUGCUGUACGGUCCCCUGCUGAUAUACUCCGGCAUUCGCGAAACCGUACGCUUGGUGCUGCAGAAGCGCUCGGAUAUGCCCCUGGCUUCGGUGGAAUUUGCCAACUCGGACGGAAGCUAUCGGCGGUUCUACAACGCUCUGGAUUAAACCGCGGAACCCUUCUGAAAUCCGUUGAAUGGUGUGAGAACAAGGGCAACAUCAAUGGCGCGUGAAUGGUUUAUGUGCCGGGGGAGAAAAGUUUCUUAUCACGUGGAAGCACACGCGUGGCGUAGCUUUCAAGCGAAAUGAAACAAAAUAUAAAUACAGAAACGAACUGGCGUCGUCGGCUGCUCGUGUUACUGGUUGUGUACGUUCGUUUUUUUUUUUUUCGAAAAACGAACAACGGACGAAGUUUUGUUGUCAUUCUGCUCGGGUCGAUCAUGCGCGGUUUUGGUAAUGAAUUCCUAUAACAAAUUAAGGAAUAGAGUCAUCCGACAAAAAUUUUUAAACUACCGCAAUUAUUGCUGUUAAUCUUAAGGUAUAAAAUUAAUAGGAGUAAAAUCAUCGUAUAUCAAUCACAUUAAACUUUA